AUGGAAUUUCGCCUAGCGAGAGGUAGUUCCAUCCCUUCAAGGCGAACGGACAAGACACGAUCACGAUGUUGCAAGGAUUGGCACGAGGCAGGAGAAACCAUCGUCAUCACCGUUGGAAAAUACGAUAAGGAUCGACAAGGGAUAACAAAGAGUUUCCCCGCCGAUUCUUCAGCAUCUCGCGAUGACAAUCAAUUCGACACGCGCGACAAGAAACUCCUACGCGGCUCUGGCAAGGGUUUGUCGAAGCGAAUGUCAGGCGAAAGCGAACUCGCUUCAGAGAGUCAAGAAGGGCAGGGGGGUUCUCAGGUCUGGCGUGCAACGGUCCUCGGCCAAACAAGCAUGCUAUCGACCAUUGAAUGGAUAGGUAGCAAUGAGCAACAAAAGCACGGGGAUGGCCGAUAUUAA